CUUUUGAGAUGUGCAUCACACAAGUCAAUAGCGUUGACCAGAAAUGGGUGAGGAGACGGGGCGGAAACAUGCGGUGGUGCAGCAGCUGGCGGCGGACGGCCGUGAUCCGCCGAGCCGGUACGUGGCGAGGGAGGAGGACCGUCCGAUCGGCGAUUCGUCGUCCCCGGCCCCGCCGCGUUCCGGUGUGCCCGUCGUGGAUCUCCGCCGCGUGUCCGGAUCCGACGGCGGGGACGAGGCCGACAAGCUCCGAGCCGCGCUCCGGUCCUGGGGAUUGUUUCUGGCUACAGGGCAUGAGAUACCAGAAGCUCUGCUGGAUGAGGUCAUGAAUGUUUCGAGAGCGUUCUUUUGUCUUCCGAUCGAGGAGAAGCAAAAGUAUACGAAUCUGAUAGAUGGCAAGGAAUUCAAGUUGGAAGGGUACGGAAACGACCGAGUCGCGAGCGACGACCAGAUCUUGGACUGGUCGGAUCGGUUGUAUCUUUUGGUGCAGCCUGAAGGCCAGAGAAAUCUGGCUCUCUGGCCUGAAACUCCUGCCUCUUUCAGGGAAGUUCUACAUGAAUUCACCACACAGUGCAAAAGGGUGGCCAACCAUAUCCUUCGGGCGAUGGCCGAGUUAUUGGAGCUAGAUGAGGACUACUUCGUCAGCCAAUUCGAUGAAAAGGCGAUAACGUUCGCCAGAUUCAAUUACUACCCGCAGUGUUCGAGGCCCGAUCUUGUUUUCGGCAUCAAGCCUCAUUCUGACGGCUCUGUCAUGACGAUUCUGCUGCCGGAUAAAGACGUGGGCGGCCUUCAGGUGCUCAGAGACGGCGAGUGGGUCGACGUCCCAACCAUUCCUCAUACAUUGCUGGUCAACCUGGGUGAUGGCAUGGAGAUUAUGAGCAACGGAACUUUCAAGAGCCCCGUGCACAGGGUGGUGACGAACGCGGGGAAAGAGAGGCUUUCGGUGGCUAUGUUUUAUGCACUGGACCCAGAAAGGGAGCUGGGACCUGCAGCAGGGUUGAUAGAUGAGGAAAGGCCAAGAUUGUACAAAACUGUGAAGACCAAGGACUACCUCGCGGUGCUUUUCGAAACUUUUGCAAAGGGGAAGAGGGCCAUCGACUGGGCGAAGGUCUAAAAUGCGGUGUCGAACAACCGAAUCGAGCACCGAAGAAUACGAAAUGCCGCGAGUUUCCGCUGGUUAUGGUUGGUUUCUGACACUAGUUUGAGACAGCAUACAUGUACACUAUGCUGUACAGUAACUGUGUUUCAGUUAACUUAAAGAUGUUCUUUUUUCUCUUAACUUGGAUCUGCAACUUUAAAGAUGUUUUUUUUAAUAAAGCGAGUUCAUUUGUUUAUUGUUA